GCUCGGGGUUUCCCAGGUUCUCCAGGUCAACCAGGAUUAAAAGGUCACAGGGGAUAUCCCGGUCUACAAGGAGCAAAAGGAGAGCGAGGUGUCGUUGGUUCCAAGGGUGCAUCCGGCGUUCCUGGUUCAAUGGGGCUGGCGGGUCCGCAGGGUCCACCUGGAUUGCCUGGUGAAAGAGGUCGCAGCGGACCCACAGGACCUGCGGGAAAACGUGGAAUGCCAGGAAAUCCCGGAAAACCCGGUCCAUUGGGAACCAUAGGGAUCUCAGGAGCUCCAGGAUUUCCAGGAGGUCCAGGAAUGAAGGGUGAGGCAGGACCCACAGGCCCUCGAGGCACCAGUGGAGCUCAGGGACCCAGAGGGGACUCAGGAAGAGUAGGCCUGCCUGGAUCUCUGGGCAAACAGGGUCCAGCAGGCAUGGAUGGUGCUCCUGGAGCUAAAGGGCCAUCGGGAGUUGCGGGUGUGCAGGGUCCUGUUGGGUUGAUUGGCCAACCUGGACCACCUGGACCUCAGGGAAAGACGGGACCUGCUGGAGCCAAAGGUCAAUUGGGUGAAGCCGGGCUUCCAGGAUUCAAAGGAGAACCUGGAAUUAAAGGAGAAAUGGGGCAACCCGGGGUUCAAGGAGAGAUGGGUCUGAUGGGAGAGGAAGGAAAACGCGGCCCCAGAGGAGAUCUGGGCUCUGUGGGGCCACCUGGACCUCCUGGGGAGGCAGGAGCUCCAGGUAUUCGUGGAUUCCCAGGGGCUGAUGGGUUACCUGGUCAAAAGGGUGCUCAAGGUGAGCGCGGUGCUCCAGGCUCUUCCGGAGGUAAAGGUGCCGGCGGUGAUCCUGGCCGUCCUGGAGAAGCAGGCCUUCCCGGUGCAAGGGGUCUGAGUGGUGUUGCUGGACCUGAUGGACCAGAAGGGAAAAUUGGACCUCAGGGAGCACCAGGAGAUGAUGGUGGUUCUGGACCUGCUGGACCAACUGGAGGCAGGGGCCCACCAGGAUCUAUGGGUCUGCCUGGCCCGAAAGGCUUCAGCGGUGAUGCAGGAAAAGGUGGAGAAGCUGGUACACCAGGAGCACCAGGACAAAGAGGACGCAAUGGAAAAGAUGGAGAAGAAGGACCUGCAGGCCCAGCUGGACCACCUGGUCCAGGAGGAAAAAGAGGCGAGCAGGGUCCUCCAGGUCUGAUCGGCUUUCAGGGUUUACCAGGGCCUGCGGGUGCACCUGGAGAGUCAGGAAAACCAGGUGAUGAGGGAGUCAAUGGUGAAGAAGGUGCUGCAGGUCAGACUGGACCAAGAGGCGAGCGUGGAAGCCCGGGGGAGAGAGGACAGCUGGGAGCUAACGGCCUUCCUGGAUCAAAAGGCAGUGUUGGAGCACCAGGACCUGAUGGACCUAAGGGUGGUUCAGGAACAGCAGGGAAAGUUGGAGAACCAGGUCCUCCUGGACUUCAGGGAAUGCCGGGAGAGAGAGGGACGCCAGGUGUCGGUGGACCUAAAGGAGACCGUGGUGCCACAGGUGAGAAAGGAGCUGAAGGUGCUGCUGGAAAUGACGGCGCUCGGGGUCUUCCUGGACCUACUGGACCUACUGGACCAGCUGGAGCACAUGGAGAAAAGGGAGAGAUGGGACCCAGAGGACCUUCUGGACCACCGGGUUCUAGAGCAGCACCCGGAUCUCCUGGUCAACCUGGUCCUCCUGGUCCACCUGGAUUUGCUGGUUCUCCUGGCCUUGAUGGUCAGUCUGGUGCGAAAGGAGAAGCAGGAGAACCAGGUGCUAAGGGUGAGGCAGGGGCUUCCGGUCCUCAGGGAAUGGCAGGAAAAUCAGGACCCCAGGGAGCUGCUGGUGUAACAGGACUGAAAGGUGCCAGGGGGAGUCAGGGAGCUGCUGGUUCCAGCGGUUUUCCAGGACCUGCAGGAGGUGUUGGCACACCAGGCUCGGUCGGCCAAACUGGAGAGCCUGGUCCACAAGGCCCUUCAGGUAAAAAGGGUGAACCGGGAAUACACGGAGAACCAGGAGGCCCAGGUCGCCAAGGUGAGCGGGGUAACACUGGACCAGCUGGAAGCGCUGGAGAUAAAGGAGAUUCUGGUGAAGAUGGACCACCGGGCCCUGAUGGACCACCAGGACCUGCAGGAUUGUCAGGGCAGAGAGGGCUGGUUGGUCUACCCGGGAUGAGAGGAGAACGUGGACUGAUGGGCCUUCCUGGACCUGCUGGUCCACCUGGAACUGGCACCAAAGGCCCUCCUGGGGUAAAAGGUGGUAUAGGCUCUGUCGGAUUACCUGGAUCUAUUGGGGAUAGAGGAGAUGCUGGUCCACAGGGUCCUCCAGGAACAGAUGGAGGUCCUGGAACUGAUGGUACUCGUGGAGUCAAAGGAGAUAAGGGAGAACCAGGUGCUGAGGGUCUUGCUGGAACCCAGGGAACCCAAGGAACACCUGGACCAGUAGGAGCUCCUGGAGGUCCUGGAUUGCGAGGAGAAAAGGGGGCAAGCGGUGCAGUGGGUCCUGCUGGACAGCCUGGCGACAGAGGAAAACAGGGACCUCAAGGGCCACAAGGAGACAAAGGAGAAAAAGGAGCUGCUGGAGAGAGGGGUCAGAAAGGUCACCGUGGCUUCAAUGGACUUCAGGGCAUCCCAGGAAUACCAGGACAGACAGGAGACGCAGGUGAGAAAGGAAUCGUGGGACCAAGUGGGCAAAGAGGACCACCUGGGCCUGUUGGACCUAUAGGUAAAGAAGGUGACACAGGUGCUCAAGGACCAAUUGGGUCCCCUGGAUCUCGAGGCAGCCCUGGAGAUUUUGGACCAGAGGGCCCUCAAGGAGAACCUGGUCCUCCAGGCCCACCCGGUCCUCCAGGACCUCCUACAACUGUGGAUGAUGACUUUGAUAAAAUUCCAGACUAUGACGGCGCAUUUGAAAGCCCAGCUCCUCCUCUUCCGGAGUACAACAAGGAUGAGGCAAUGCCUAUCAAGAGGUCUGGUGUCGUUCAUGUGGACAGCAGCGUCCACGCCUCCCUGAAGGCUUUGGGCAGUCAGCUGGACAGCAUUAAAAAUGCAGAUGGGAGCCGCCAUCACCCGGCACGCACCUGCCAGGACAUCAAGCAGUGCUACCCAAUGAAGAAAAGCGGGGAGUACUGGGUGGACCCUAAUGAGGGAAGUUUGAAAGACGCAAUCAAAGUGUACUGUAACAUGGAGACGGGGGAGACGUGUGUGUCUGCAAACCCUCCCAGUGUCCCACGCAAGAGCUGGUGGACUUCUCACUCCAGCACACUCAAACCUGUGUGGUUUGGAGCCACCAUGAACAGAGGAAUGAAGUUUACAUACGGAAACAACGAGGACUCGAAAAACACGGUGGACGUGCAGCUGCGUCUCCUGCGUCUGCUCUCGAAAGAGGCCGUACAGACGCUCACGUACCACUGCAAAAACAGCGUCGCUUACAGAGACGACAAGAACAACAACAUGAAGAAAGCCGCCGUGCUGAAGGCCGCAGACGGGACGGACAUCAAAGCGUACGGACACAACCGCCUCAAGUACACGGUCACGGAGGACGGCUGCUCGAAAUCCAGCAGUGAGUGGAGUAAGACAGUGUUUGAGUAUCGUACGCAGAAGCCCUCCAAGCUCCCGAUCGUGGACGUGGCGCCGGUGGACGUGGGAGGAGCCGAGCAAGAGUUCGGCAUCGACAUCGGGCCGGUGUGCUUCUCGUGAAUCCCAAAAACACAAAUCACCUUCACCUGUGAUCCUUCAGAUAUCUGCUGACGCUGAACAGCAAGCAGAGCAAAUCCCAAAAUUCAACCCUCGUCAUCGAGGCUUCAUCUCUGCACCGAUGCAGUAUUUAUUUUCUAUUCUGAGACAGAAGUGAGUCAGAUGCGAGAAGCACGAUGAGCCACCGCAGCGAUCUUUCAUCUUUUUUGUCCCCCCUCCCACACUUUUGAUCGUUUAAUGAGGAAUUCCACUAGCUCUUGGGGUGUAGGAGUAUAUGACCGACUGUGUGGACGGUUUAAUUUAUAAUCCAUGUGUAUUCUUUAUGAAAUUAAAAAGUACACACACACACACACCUCUUUUUAACAUUUACACUGUCUAGGUUUUUUUUAUUUUAUGUCGACCAAAGUUUUGUGGUGCUUCGUAAACUAAUUUAAUGCUCAAUUACAAUUAUAUAAAGGGGCCAUGAGUAAAUAUGCUGUUUUUUUUGUGUGCAAAUGAAACGUGAAUCUGUAAAUUAAACCACGACCUCUCCAGUGAUGGUGUUUCUGUCCCGCACGUUUUACUGCCAUUAACACGUCUAAGAUUAAUUAGUGACCACAUGGAGUCUCAUUAAAGGAUGAGAAGAUGUAUCAUUC